AUGACCGUCUUAUCAUGCAGAUUCAUUGGGCUUUGGUGCAUUUGGCUGUGGCUGUUCACAUUUCCCCAUGUAGCAAGGGGUCUAGAUGGUCGCCAACUUCAGCUGGACACACCAGCGGGACCUCCGCAAAAGAUCGUGAUCUCCAAUGAGUCUCCUAUUCCAGAUGCCUGGGUAGUUCACGAGCUGGAGCUCUUCUUUGGAUUUUGUCAUGAGGAUCGUCCAGUAGAUUCAUUUCUGACCAAUAUCUGGAGUUCUGGAACCCGGCGCGAGAAUGAGGAGGCGACCGAGGCUUUCAGGGCAUUCGAUGGAAGUUUGCAGACGAACUGGACAGCAGACUGCAGGGAAGUUCUUGGAGGUUGUGCUCCUCUCGAGGCGUACAUCGGCCUUGAUGUGCGAAGUUCGCCAGAGUAUGGCGAAGCAUGGACAAAUAAAGAUGAGCCUUUCAACAUCUCAAGUCCAUUCAUGGAGAAGCUGAAGGUGCGCUGCAUACGGAUUUUCCAAGACCCAAAUCCGCUGCACAAGUCUGACAUCAUUUCAAUUCGAGAAGUCUGGGCAGACACGAGUACUGAAACCGAAGGUGACUAUGUUUUUGUUACUUUACAAGUCCUGGAAGCUGUAAGUGCUGGAAUUUGGUCGAGGAGACCAAGUUUUGAAGACAGCGCAUGGAGGAUAGUUAAUCUGUGGCCAACGGAAGAUCCGCUGACCCUGACUGAGUUGCAGUUCUUCAAAGAUGACCUGUGUUCUCUUCAAGUCUAUGGAGCUCCCUUUUCCUCAGGUAGCCUUAAUCCACUGACGCAAGGCGAGCUGCAGGCGAUAGACUUGAAUUUAGAGACAAAUUGGCGUGCUAGCUGCAAUGCGGAUACAGGUUGCAGCCCCCUGGAAGCGUUUAUUGGAUUCGACUUCGGCGAUGAAAAAGCGGUUGUGAAGUGUGUUCGACUCUACCAGUACAUGCCAAACCCCUUGGCCAUCAUAAGAGAGCGGCCGUCCUACUCGAGGGGCUUCGAUUUGCAGCACUGGACUGGUAAAAACUGGCUCUCAAAGGAGCGAUUUUGGGAUCCCGGUUUCUUACCACAAGUCGUCAAUCCUGAGUGGCUGCCAACGAUAAUUACUCCCUUCUUUGGCGGGGCACCCGGAGUUUGGGAAGAUCUGAGACCUCCGAACAGGACUGCAUGGCGCAUUAUGAAUGAUGACUGGACCAGUGCCGAAUGGCGUGUCCAUGAAUUGGAGUUUUAUGAAUCAGAAGCUUGUGCUGGUGCGAAGCUUGAAGGAGAGCCUCUGGACAUGGCAGGCCCCACCAAUGCACACAAUGCAGCGCUGGCUUUCGACGGCGACACAAGCCAUAACCUAGCGUGGCAGUCGCAUUGCAUGGGAAGCUGUGUUCCAUAUGAGGCUUGGCUUGGCUUGUACAUGCGACCCGCGAGCGCGGGACUUGUGACCUACACUGGGCCGCAGGUGAGAUGCCUUAGGCUGAUGCAAAGCCGAUUUCAGCAGCACACGGCGGCUUCCAUCAUCUUGAGCCGGUUCAUGGAUGGGCGCUGGGAGGGCCAGGAGACGCACCGCUUCAUCGGAGGCGGCACCUGGAACCAAAGGCCGGCGCCACCUUGGACACAGUGGAGGAUCUUGAACGAUGGCCCCAUCAUAGGGCAGUGGCGGAUCCACGAGCUCGUCGCUUUCAAGGAUCCUUUGUGCAUUGAUCCAGUGGAAGGCGGAAGCCCGCUAGCCAGUGGUUAUUCGGUUUUUGCAGAAGGCCCUGACAGGCUGUUCGAUUUGAAGGAGAACCCUCCAUGGGGUGCUGAUUGCACGCAGUGCAACAUGUCGCGUGGCUAUUGGAUUGGCAUGCAGCUGCCUCUUGAGACAGAAGAUGCCAAUGCAGGCCUCGCACUUUUGCGCUGCAUCAAGCUCUGGCAGAGUGCGAACGUAGAACAACAGGCCGCAGGACUGAAGGUGGAGCUGUGGAAUGGUAGGGACUGGACCAUGUCUACCAUCUCGGCCUCAGGCUUUCUGGAUGGAGGUGGGGGUGGAAUUUGGUCGCGCCAACCAGCGAGCCACAUGACCAAGUGGCGUCUGCGACCCAACUUGGCGUUUGAUGCUCAUUGGCGCGUUGAAGAGAUUGAGUACUUCGCUGAUUCGCUCUGCUCGCAGCGAGUUAGGACGUUCAACUCGGGAAGCGGUGGCGCUGGCCUGUCAGUCUCUGGAUUUGUCUCGGCAUUGGCGGCCUUUGACCUUGCAGGGCGGCCUCCAAUGUGGUCAGAGGCUGAGUUGGUUGCAGAUGGAGACGAGACCACCUUUACGCUUGUCUCCCAUAAGCCAAGCCUGGGUCGCCCAGCAUGGGUUUCAGUGGAUUAUCUGUCGGAAUCCAUAUUUGUGCGGUGCGUUCGAAUCAGGCAGGGCCCGCUGCCAGUACAACAUGCCUUCUCCGUGCAGCUUGAAAUUUGGGAUGGUGAGAAGUGGGGCAGCGAUCCCGAGAUGUCGCCAGAAGAGGUGACUUUGGAGGGUUUGGGAGGAGGUGGCUGGCAAAGAAGGCCUGCGGCAGCCAACACGAUUUGGAGAGUCGAGAAUUUGGACUUUGUAUCAGAAGGCUGGGUCCUGAGCGAGCUGGAGUUUCACAGUGACCCUUCCUGUGCCGGGGAUCGGCUUUCUGGAGAACCUACCGCAAGUGGCUUCGUUCCGCCGGAGAGUGAGCAUGGCCCACAUCUGGCUUUCGAUCGAAACCUAAAGACUGCCUGGGUCUCUCAGUGUGCAUAUGUCGAGGAAGCAGACUUGCCCCUGGGAUAUGAGUGGACAGGUCUUCCGGUCGGCUGCAGCUCAUUACGAGCAUGGAUUGGGCUUGAUCUGGGUGCUGGUUCGGCCGAGAUGGUUGAAUGUGUGAGGCUCAUUCAAAGCGGUUACCAGCACAUGCAGAGCGCAAGAGUGGGCCUCUCCAAGUGGGACGGCAAAGGAUGGCAGAGGACGAUGGAGCUUUCGGGUCUGGGUGGCAGUUCUUGGGAGCAGAGGCCCGCGGCUCCCAACACCAUGUGGAGAGUUGUGCAUCGAAAAACGCGGCCUGGUGUAUGCCGCAAUCAGCUCAGCAGGAUCAACCGGCGUAGCUGGGGUGUGGCAGACUUGGUCUUCUUCAAAGACGAAACGUGUGUCGAGGAGAUCCCCGGUGGAACAGCCAUCUCAUCCGGUAGCAUUGAUUUCUACAGGGAAACGGUUGCCGAUCCCCUGGAUGGCUACAAUGCCAGCAACAGCCGAGACGACGACAUGCUUACUACAUGGGGUGCGAACUGCAACUUUGGGUGGAAGCCGUCUGGUGUUCUUGGUACACAGGACUCUACACGUGUGAACUGCACAGGCGCUUGGCUGGGCGUCGCUUUUCUUUCCAAGGCCGUCGAGGUUCGUUGCAUCAAGAUGGUGCAGAGCAGGCUCGAGUCAAGCAUUUGUUGCGAUCCGGCCUCCGAAGCUGAGCUUCAACGCUGGAAUGGCUCUGACUGGAUUGAGGCCACGUGGAUUAGGGACCCACCGCCUGCAGCAGCCCCAGGUGAGCGGGUCCAGACGGAACGAACCCAUCUUGGUGCUCAGUUCAAAAGUCUUGGAGAAUGUCCUCCGGUCCUAUCUGACAAAAGGAUUGAGCUGGAAACAUUAGAUGAGUGGCGUAACAGAAGGGAGAGCGACAACUGCGUCAUUCAACUCACCGGUGCAACAAGCUUGAUGGGAGAUUCUGUUUGCGUCACUCACAAGACCUGCAGUCGCAAUUUUGGCGACGAAGGCGACUGUUGCCCCAUGGGCGACCCCAAGUUUGCCAUCAGUCGAUGUUGUUGUGAUUUCAUCAGCUCCGAACAGAUCUUCAACGAUACUGACGCUGCCGUUGAAUCUGAUGACUUGCGCAUCAAGUUCAACUUUGAGUAUGCCACCAUUUGGCUGUCAAACCGUCUUCCAUGGGCCGGCUUGGGGAUCACCGUCCUAGCAUACUUCUCAGCACUUGGCUUGCCGAAAGACGUCCGUGAGCGCAUCACGGAGUGGUGCCACACACCGCCUGCACGGAAGGGCCUCCGUCUCUGGCAGCGCAGGGUGAUUGCAACAUUUCUGUGGCCUGCAGUCGAGUGGAGAGACUUCUUGGCCCACAGCGAUUCGUCCUUUGCGCGUUUGUCGCGUUGGUUUGUGCUGCCGAAUGGAGAGCUGCCGAGUCCGCUCGAGCUGCACCGAGGCCUUCUCUUCUUACUUUUCGGAUUCCUCUUCGCGGGCAUGGCUCCCUGGAUGGGCAUCGGAAUCAUUUGCGGUGAGGGCGCCCUUCGGGGCCUCAUUGGCGUAAGUGUGGUCAUCCGAUGGUUCAAGUCUAAAUACAAUCCGCUGGACUUGCGAGACAUGGCCUUGCGCAGGAAGAUUACAAGGGUGCGCAUGAAAACCGACGAAGACACCGCAGACGGCGUUGAUGUGGGCAUGGGCUGUGCGGUGGCCUUUGCCGCGUCACUCGUGUAUUUCCUGAAGUUCAUUUUUGACAUGUUGAUCCUGCGGGCACAGAUGAUAUCCAUGGGCAUCAUCGAAAGCAUUGAGGCGAGCCUCAUUGUUGACAUUUUUCCUGGCCUUCUUGAGCUUCUUCGGGAACCUGGCAUGCUGAUCUACCAGAUGAUGGACACAGCUUCCCAGGGAGUCUCUGUCGCGCUUACCUUUACCAUAGGCAUGCCCCUGUGCGAGGGCUCUUGUGUCCUCGUGGGUUCGGUUGGCUUGGUGGCUGUGCUUGUUUGUGCGAUGCAGUGGCUCAACUACGAUCUCUUCGGGCUCUUCGUCGCCGCGCGUAGCAUGUCAAGAUCAACCCGGCCGGAAUGCCAGCGCAUCUUCGCGCAGUCCUCGAUCAUGGGCAUGUUGGGGCUGUCCUUUGCCAUCAUCCAGCUCUCCAUGGUGCUCUUCACUCGUGCCCUGCUGUUCGCAAACCCUUUCCAGCAAACUGUGUGGAUGUGUGAGCACGAUGACACCCUGGCACUCUACAUGGGGCGAACGCUACUCUUCCUGAGCGCUUCGGGAGGCAUCGUCUUCGUGUUCAUUGCCGUCAACGGCCACUUCAUGGGCCAGGACUACUUGCUCGAGCGCGUGGGAAGGUUCCUGGCCAUCGACCUGGAUGGCUUGGAUCCCGAUGGGACAGGGCCCGGCGGCGGAAUUGUGCGGUGCAACGUCUUCUUCGCUGCAUUCCCCACACUCUGCGGCUUGUGGUUGGACUGGUGGAACAUAGAGGCCUUCCUGGUUGCAGAGAGGGCGCGGGUCUACGCCGAAGUGUUGUGGGAUCCUCAACCAUGCAGAACAUGUGGAAAGAUCCACACGCCAUAUGACCUGAUGAUGACCGCCACAGGUCGAACGAUCAGCAUUACUACCCAGAUUGUGCCUUAUGGUGCACUACUGGGCAAAGCGUCCGAGUACCUUAAUGACCCUCCUUUCAUUUACUGGGGGAAGAAGCUUACAUGCAUGUCUGCCUCCAGAGCACCAGAAACGGCCAGACCUCAAAUCAGCAAGAAGAAGAUUGUACCCAACUUGUUCCUCUAUACUGCGGAAUUCUUGACGCUUCUCAUUGAAUACGUGGUACCAGUGGUCAAGCGCAUUAGCAGCGUUUCGAUUUACAUCUGUUGCUUGCUAGGCACGUUCACACUGACAGAGAAGAAUCUGGUGGAACAGGGACGAUUUGUUCUUCAAACAGGCUUCAUGUGUGCUACAUUCAAAGGCUUGAGUGCCUACCUUCUGGAUCCUUUGUUGAGCUUUCUGCUUGGAGCACUCUAUCGCACUCUGGAGGCAGUAGAAGGUAUCCAGAAUGCCAAGAACUACAUUCCUCGAACUGUUGUGGGUCAGGUCAUUGCCGGUGGGCCGGUGGCCAUCCUCAUAACCAACAGUGCCAGCACGAAUGGAUGGGCUUCCUUUGCCGACGGCUUGAUCAUUGGAUGCAUCGCAGGAUAUACCACAAGCAUGUUGACAUUGGCGGUGAAUGCCUGCUUAGAGCGAAGCAGCCCGCAGCCUGGGGAUCCACCUCGCAGGGCAGUCGUUCCGCUGGUUGUGAAAAUUCUCUACUCGUUGACAGUGGGAGUUGGUGUUGGAGUGGUUUCCCUCCGUGAUGAACGCACGAACACGCUCACAGCCUUCAGAGACAUCCUCGCUUACAAGGAUGACAAGGCAAUGGUAACGGUUCGUGGUGCGGUUACAGGGGUGGUUCUUAGUGCUGCUGCGCAGUUCGUGAGCUUGAAGAUGGUGCUGCUCGAGAACCGUCCAUACAAAGAGGACGAUGGCCCUGGCCCACGCAAUUGGCGGGACUCGCCCACCCAGCGAGUCCUCAGGACUGUGCGUCAGCUUGGGGGCGCCGUGGGUGUUCCUUUGUCAGGGCUCAUUGGGAACGUGGUGGCGGAGGCUGCUUUUGGGCCGAGCGUCGAGAGUAGUAUAGUGAGCAGCACAGUGAAGGCACUAUUUGCUCUUGGAGUUGGAAACUUCUCCGGCAUCGUCUUGGCUUUGGCUGUCAAUAAGAUGCUGGACAAUCCUCCCCAACUUGCAGGCUUCUUCACCUUCUUGGGUGUAGCUGUUUUGGCGGCCGAGUGGAACCCUGUGUUUGGCUUUACAGCAGCGGUUGUCUUUGGCUGCGCAGUUGGAAGUGUUUUCGAAGAGUUCGUUGCUCGCUCUGUCAUGCGCCAGGAACUUCUCCGACGCGAUGCUUGGAACGAGGUAGAUGACGAUUUCAUCAAUCAGGCUGCGCUAAAGCAACUGUCGUACGCCGAUUCUGAGCAUGAGACGAACAGCGAGUUCAUCGCGGCACCACCAACCCGAGACGAAAGCCUUAUGAUUGCCUUAGAGGCUGCGUCUGCCAAAGCUCAAACAGCCGACCUUCUCCAACAAGCGCGCUUGCGCAGGGGGGCAUCAGAAGCCAGCGUCGACGACGGGCUGAGAGCAUCUGCAACAGCAAUCAUUGAAGACGAUGCCGAGAGAUCACAGCCAAGUGAGAGGCGCAUCGAAACCUUCAGCAGUGGCCCACAGCUGCAGAAUGUUCCAGAUCACUUGGCCGUGGAUCUCGAUGACGAAGAGGAGGAAGGUUCUCUGGGCCCAAAUCAGGGUGACAUCUCAUCUCGCACCAUCAGUCGUUCAAGCCUUAUAAGAGCUGAGCAAGCAAAUCAAGCGAAUCAAGCGAAUCAGGAAGAAGAAGAGGCCUCUGAAGAAGAGGAGGAAGAGUCGCCGUUUGAAAAGAUGCAAUUGGCCAUUCAGGCCCAGUUGUCUUCAAGGACGUACACUUCUGGACCACCCACUUCGCGACCUGAUCUGAUGCAGCCACCGCAAGAAGUUGGUAACCCUGGGAACUAUGAGGAUGCAGCUCUAGAGCAAGAUCUCUUCAACCGAUGGGAGAGAAAAUCAAGAAGGACAGCUGACACCGUACCCCGCAGUCAGCAGAGAAUCAACAUCAGCAACAUGUCAAGACCAAAGCCGAAGCCAUCACCUUCACGAUUAAGGCCUGUUUCAAAGGCAAAGUCCGUGCCCGAGAAGCCGUCAUUGCGAUCAUUGAAGCAGUCCUCAACCUUCGCUUCCAUGGUGUCGCAAGACUCCUUACAGGUCCAGAGUCCUGUUGUCGCAAGGCGCACAGAUGGUCAGCAGUUAAGCCUGAUGAACGGCCCGUCGCAGACUUCGAGAUCAGCGCGCAGCUUGCGCAAUGAUGAUACCCGUGAAGGUCCAUCAUGA